AGAUGCUAUCGAAAGUACUGCACUUUCUUACAACCACAGCACUGCCUGAGGCAGUUACAACGCAUGGUAGGAAUCCUACAGAUCUACAUACGCGAGGUGUUUUCUCUGUAUAUAGUGCAACUACAGACUUCUAAUACUGUAAUUAGGAGCAUACACAUUUCAGUAACUGGAUAAUGGGAAAAGUGGAAUAUAGCUCGAAUGUUGAACCGUUUGGAACUGAAGAAUUACUAACCAGGCGUAGUUUUUGUAUACUUUGUUGAACUUUGAAUACGAAAGUGAUUUUCACGAAGAAAUAUUUUUAUAAAGCAAGUGUAGUUUAUUUAUUCAUUCGUUCAUUCCGGUAUUAAUUUAUUUAUUGAAACGUGAUUCGUACAAUGACUUUUUCUCGCUUUUUACCAACAUGGACGUAAAAUAUGGAACAUGUGAAAAUGUUUUAAAUAAUCGUGAAUGACAGUUUGAAUUGAACUUGGACUCUAUUUGACAUUUAUGAUGGAUGACUGCACGAAAAUAAUUAUGUAUGUUUGAAACGGGAUUUUCUACGGGGAGCACAAAACUCACUGACGUUUUCAUCGGUGAAGAUUUUGCGUGAGUUAAGAUUUAAUCUGGAACAGAUUUUAAAUAUAACUAAUGGAGUCUUCCUGUGUAUGAGUCUGAUAUAAACCAGAUUUUUCUUUUAUUUACACAUUUUACGAAACUGAUGACAGACUGGACCUACUUAAGCUUUGGAAGUCUUAACAACCAUCAGAUGCUCUGGCGUCCGUUUUGGCAAUCUGGACGGAUGGAUAAUAUUAAAAGUUCGAGGCAUGAAGGUACAGAAUUUUGACGCUCAUUAAGACAACCGAACGAGAACAUUCCCAAGUUUCAUAUUCUCCUUUUCACAAAAAUGGAUGACAAGUAUAAAAUUUUGGAAAGGAUAGACGAAGGAAGUUUUGGUGAUAUUUUUACACUACAGACAUUAACUGGAGGGCGUGUGUUCGUGCUAAAACAAAUAUCUUACAAAGGAAAUCUUCUGAAAAACGAAUAUAUCAUUGGCGAAAUCGAGUGUCUGAGAAACCUAAAGCAUGAUCAUAUCAUCAAGUUUGAAGAAGUAUAUGUCAAUUCUGACUCAGUGAAUUUGAUACUGGAAUAUGCUGAAAAUGGAAAUUUGGAAAAUUAUUUACGAGAACGUUUCCCAAUGAAAGGAAUAUUUCUAAGGCGAUUCAGUGUUCAGAUUUUAAAAGCGAUCGAGUUUUGUCAUUCGUGUGGUAUCGCUCAUAGAGAUUUGACCCCCAGCAACGUUUUAAUAACUGCGGACCACGUCAUCAAAUUGGCGGACUUCGGUCUCGCGGUUUGUGUGGUGACAUGCAAAGGUGAAGUGGUUUUGUGUGAUGAUUACAUUGGAAACGUUCCGUAUCUUGCCCCGGAAGUUCUACAGGAAGUUCCGUACAAUGCUUUAAUGGCGGAUUUGUGGAGCACAGGGAUUUUAUUAUACUAUCUCCUGUUUGGAAAAGUGUUAUUUCAAGGAACUUCUGAGGAUGUACUUCAUAAUUCCAAGAAGGUACCCAAAUUACUUUGUAGUAUAGACACCGGAUCUUUUUCUAGAACAGAGAAAAAUAUAUUCGGACAUAUUCAAAAUCUUUUGAAAUAUUUACCCAAAGAAAGAACUCCGAUUACGAGACUUCUGGGAACUGUGUCAGAUCAUUCCGAUAUAAAAAUGGCCUCCCAUCAGUCACGUGGUCAUGUUUGUGGAAUGAUACAAAAUAUGUCGGACCAUUCCGAAACCAAACUGGUCACCAAACCGUCACGUGACCUCGUAUGUGGAAUGGUUUCAUGUGAUGACACUCUUAGACAGGUAUAAUAUACCCAUUAUGCAUUGAAGACAUUUACAUAUACAAUGUACUACAUAUCAAAUAUAUAUACUGUUAUUUUUAAUGAAAUUUGUCAUUGAAUUUGUGAAGCUUUUGCUUUUAGUUUUGAAAUAAAACAAUAGAAUAUUAA